UAAAAGUCUUUGCAGUGGUUAGGGAUGUGAAUAUAUUUUGUUCCUUGUCAAAUAACUGCUCAGAAUUUUUUCAAACGUCAACUUGACGAAUGAUUACACAUGACGUAGAUAUCGUAAUCCAGUGGUCCAAUCUACCUUCGUUUGAUCAUAAAGCUUUCAAGCCAUAAAAAUCAAUAACUGAUAGAUUUGUCGUUUCACUGACGAACGAUCGAGAUAUCCUCGCAAGCAUGCCGUCCACCACGGGAUUGAUCGUCAUUUUAUUCUUCGUUCUUUGUUUAGGCGCAACUCCAUUGGACAGCUACAUUCUGGAGUUGGUCGUCGAACCGAUGUAUGAAAUAUCAAAAAAUGGGUUUUCAUCGUUAUCUCAUGUCUUCUCAAAUCUCAGCUCAACGAAAUGGUUGGUAAUUUUUAAUCCUACUGCUUUCCUCGUCUCUAUUCGCUGGGAAAAGAUAUUCAACGCUGGCAUAUGGACUCUUGCCAUUUAUUUUUCGAUCAAAGCGAUUCGGUUCCUGAAAAGUUUUUUCUUCGAUCCGAUUAACAGAGUGAGACUGUUGGGCGAUGUGGGUUACGUUGAAGAACUUGGAAGCGGGAACCUGGAUGGAUGUCAGAAGAAGGCUGCUCUGGUGGCGGCUGUCAUGAAGCGAAGGAAGACUGGCGAUGUUCCUCCUGUCUAUCCCAACGGAUGGUUCUCCCUCCUGGAGUCGAGGGAUCUCAAAUGCGGAGAUGCCAGGAGUGUCUCGUGUCUCGGUAAGAACAUAGCAGUUUUCCGAGCUGAAGAUGGGAGAGCUCAUGCUCUUCAUGCCUACUGUCCCCACAUGGGAGCCAACCUGGCCGUCGGUGGUGUGGUCAAGAAGAACUGCUUGGAAUGUCCUUUUCAUGGCUGGCAGUUUCGAGGGGACGAUGGCAAGUGUGUGCACGUACCGUACUGUGAAGAUAAGCACAUAACAGAGCAGGCAAAAGUGGAAUCCUACUGCAUACUGGAAAGGAAUGGUUUCAUAAUGAUGUGGCACCACGCUGAAGGUUGCGAUCCUCUCUGGGAGCCUCCAAUCAUCGAAGAAUUGGAGAACAAGAGUUGGAGGUACGGUGGAAGAAGCGAGCACAUAAUCAACGCUCAUAUUGAGGAAAUUCCGGAGAACGGUGCAGAUGUGGCACAUUUAGGACAAGUCCACGGACCUAUAAUGACAGCAGGUAUUGAUUUGGCUCGGACGCAAAAUAAAUGGUGGAGUUUCACGCGUCACGAUUGGGCUGGGUGCUGGAAUCAAAAUCCUGAUCCAGAGCUGAAACACGUCGGCAUCUUAGAUUUGCAUCAUAAAUUGAUCCUCUUCGGAAAACAUUUUCCUGUCCUGGAUUUGAAAGUUCAAGCGCAGCAGAUAGGACCUGGCUUGGUCCAUCUAAUGUUCGAUAGUCCCAUGUUUGGCAAAGGUGCUUACAUUCAGACGCUGACUCCAAUUGAGCCGCUCGUUCAACGUGUUGUUCAUCACAUUUACGUCAACAACUUCUUUCCAACUAUAGUGGCGAAAUUUUUCCUCUUUGCUGAAGCUCUAAUGGUUGAAAGGGACAUCAUGAUUUGGAACAACAAGCAGUACAUUUCGAAGCCCCUCUUCUUGAAAUCCAAGGAAGAUUCCCUGAUAGGCCGUCACAGGAGAUGGUAUUCUCAGUUCUACUCUGAACACAGCCCAAGAUUAGACACUUCAAGCGUGAAAAUGGAUUGGUGA